UUAGCGUUUAUUCAGAAUUGAAAGUUCCAAGCCAUCGACCUUAAAUAGCCCAAGGCAUCCUCAGAUUUUGUGAAAACUCAAUUAUCGAAACCCUUAUCGAUCCCAAUCUCAAAGAAGUUUGCUCAUCAACCAUGUCAACAUUGUCGCCCAACAUGACGACGGUGAGGAUAUCGUCGGACGGAGCAUGGCAAGGAGACAACCCGUUGAGCCACGCCUUCCCUUUGCUCAUCGUCCAAACCAUUUUGGUCCUCUUCCUCAGCCGAUUCCUCGCCUUCCUCCUCAAACCACUUCGCCAACCCAAAGUCAUUGCUGAGAUUUUGGGUGGAAUUCUGCUCGGGCCGUCGGUGCUAGGGCGCGUCGACAGCUUCCCGAACCUAGUUUUCCCUUCGUGGAGCAUUCCAGUACUCGAGUCCGUGGCGAGCAUCGGCCUACUCUUCUAUUUGUUCCUAGUGGGCCUCGAGCUCGACUUGGGCUCCAUCCGGAGGUGUGGCAAGAAUGCUUUUGGCAUCGCGUUCGCCGGCAUAUUGCUCCCUUUCCUCUUUGGAAUGGGGGCCACCUUCAUCCUCCGCAAGCUCGUCCACGGGGAAGAGAAGGUCGGUUCCAGCCAGUUCCUUAUGUUCAUGGGAGUCGCCCUGUCCAUCACUGCGUUCCCCGUCCUAGCCCGCAUCCUUGCGGAGCUCAAGCUUCUCACCACCCGAGUGGGCGAGACCGCCAUGGCCGCCGCCGCGUUCAAUGAUGUCGCUGCUUGGAUCAUGCUGGCCCUAGCGGUGGCGCUUGCCGGGGGUGGCAGCGGUGGCCCGAAAAGCCCGUUGAUUUCCUUGUGGAUCCUCAUUUCAGGUAUGGCCUAUGUUGGCUUCAUGUUUGUUGUCAUCCGGCCCAUGAUGAACUGGAUGGCCCGACAGUGCUCGCCGGAGUACGAUUUUGUGGACGAGGCUUAUAUUUGCGUAACCCUAGCCGGGGUAAUGCUAUCCGGGUUCAUGACGGAUCUUAUAGGGAUCCACUCCAUCUUUGGAGCCUUCGUGUUCGGCUUGACGAUCCCAAAAGGAGGCGUGUUCGCAACUAGAUUGAUCAAGAGGAUCGAGGACUUCGUGUUGGGUUUGCUCCUCCCGCUCUACUUUGCGUCGAGCGGGUUGAAGACCGACAUUGCUAAGAUCCGGGGGGCAGAGGCGUGGGGGUUGUUGGUCCUGGUAAUAUCCAUGGCAUGUACCGGUAAAAUUCUAGGGACAUUUGUGGUGGCAAUGGUGUGUAUGAUUCCCAUUAGGGACUCAAUUGCGCUUGGUGUGUUGAUGAACACUAGAGGGUUGGUGGAGCUCAUUGUUCUCAACAUUGGCAAAGAAAAGAAGGUCCUGAACGACGAGGUGUUCGCGAUUUUAGUCCUCAUGGCGAUAUUCACCACCUUCAUGACGACUCCUAUAGUCAUGGCCAUCUAUAAACCGAGGCAAAUCAUCCCUCCUCUGGUCGUUCGCAGAUUGAGAAGACAACAGCACCUUUCGGAAGACGAGCUCCGGGUGCUCGCCUGCGUACAUGGACCGGGAAACAUACCGUCGCUAAUGAAACUCAUGGAGUUCACAAGGACCAGUCUGAGUCCCCCUCUCCGGCUCCACGUAGUCCGGCUCGUCGAGCUCACCGACUGUCCGUCAUCCAUCAUCAUGGUCAGGCGAGCUCGGAAGAACGGGCUUCCCCUCAUCAACUGCUUUUGUCAUGGCACCAUGCAUGACCAAGUGGCAGUGGCUCUUCGGGCGUACAGCCAAGCAAGUCACCUGACUAUCCACCACUCGACGGCCAUCUCGGUCCUGUCCACCAUGCACGAGGACAUUAACCACGUGGCGCAAGAGAAGAGGGCGGAAAUGAUCAUCUUGCCAUUUCACAAGCAAUGGAGAGGAGAGAACGAGGAGGAAAUAGAGAGCGUGAGCUACGAAUGGAGAGAGGUCAACAGGAAAGUGCUCGAAAGUGCGCUGUGCACUGUGGCCAUACUCCUAGACCGCGGGCUUGGCGACGAGUUCAGGCAAUGCGAAGAGCAGGAAGCCAUUGUGGAAAGACAGAUUUGUGUCGUAUUCUUUGGCGGACCAGACGAUCACGAGGCUUUGGCGCUGGUGCGAAGGAUGGCAAACAAUCCGAUGGUCAAAGUUAGCAUUAUAAGGUUCUUUGAUGAACCCGGGAAGGAUUUUAUGAACGUCACGGGCUCUUCCUCACUAAAUAUGUUCGAGGAGAGACGGUGCAUCCCCGCGGAGCCAGGUGAUGAAGAGAAGGAAAAGGAAAUGGAUGAGGCGGCGGUGGAGGAAUUCCGGACUAAUCAUGGCUCAACAAACUACUUGGUGAAGGCUGCGAACAACAACCUCGUGGAAACACUGAUGGCAAUAGGCCGAAGCCAGGAAUAUGAUUUGGUUGUGGUAGGAAAGGGUAAGUUCCCAUGGUGGAUGGAGGCAAAGCUGGCUAACCAUGAGAUCGAGCAUGACGAACUGGGGCUCAUAGGAAGCAUUUUGGCUCGAUCGGACGAAGGUCUCGUAUCCUCAGUACUUGUGGUGCAGCAGGGUGUGGUCCAAAGCAACAAGGUUCCUGAGAAAAAUUGCAAGAUCAUCAACGGCGCAAACGCAGAAUCAUGCGCUUGAGCAUCCCGGCAGGGCGAGAGAAGACCUAUGUAGCCUUUUCUGUGUAGUCACUGUAAAGAGGUUGGUCACUGACUUGUAGUGCGACAAUAUCGGUCAAAUAAGCAGUGUGUGUGAUGUAAUGUUACAUAGUAAACAUGCCUAGUUAUCAAUUUUCAACAAU